UUUUGAGAGUGAGAAAGAGCCAGCGAGGCCUGGAAACAAAAAGCGUGAAGGAGACCGUAGCAAGUAGGAAGAAGAAACCAGACCUGGCUUCGUCUCUGAUAGAUCGUCCAAUUUUCUAUCCGAAUUUUGGCCAACUGAUUCUGGUUUCGGUGGAUGAACAAUGAACAGAACGAGAGAGAUCCUGAUAACAUCAACAACAAGAAGAAGAAAAAGGAAUCUCCAUUGUUGAUUUACUCCGUCUCGAAAGCAAAGAAACGAAUCGUGUCUAAGUUCAGAAGGAGACCCUUAUCGCCGAAUACGUCUCCUUCUUCUGGGUUUUGGAAAAGAGUCUGCUUUUGUGGAAUUGAACCUGACCCUGAAGAUGACAACUUUAAGCUUAGGGUUCUGCUACAGACCAAUGAUUUCUUCUCCAAGGAUUCUAAUCCACAUCUCUGUUUGUAAGUUCAGAUAUAUAUAUAUAUAUAUAUAUAUAUAGUGUAGUUUUCAUUUAGUAUACCACCAAUAUCUGUAUAGAUCUUCUUUUAAACUUCAUCAAUAUCAAAAGUGUGUUCAUCAAUGUUACCAAAGAUUUUUGCAGAACAGAGUGAUUAUUGUUAAUGAAUCUUGUAUAUCUGCCUCUUAUGCUCAUCAUUAAUAUCUGUGGGUCUUUCUUGUCUCUCUUCAUAGUUCCGUAUGAUAGUUUCUAUAUGUCUCUGACAAUGUCACUCUUUGUCCAUAAUAUCCAAACUAGUUUGUAAGAUCAGAAAUUUGAGCCCAAGUUUGAAUCUCAGAGUAUCACACUCAACGAAUAUUAAUUGCUAAUGUCUGAUAUCUGUUUCCAUGUGUUGAAUAUCUCUACUAGUAAAGCCCAAGUUUAUUUUGGCAAGUGUUGUUUACCUUUGACACAUCUAGGGUAACCAUUUUCAAUGGUUUUAUGAAUAGUUGAAUUUUAC